AUGGCAAUAGGAAGUGUCAUUUUGGGAAAGCUGCUUAGGAAGAUUGCUGGGAUAUGGUUCAUUGUCAAUAUUACAGAAGCCGAGGAUGCGUUUGUCAACAAGGAGAAGGUCCAGAAAGAGGUCAAGGUUGUCUCCUCAAAGGAUGCCACACUGAGCUGUGAAGUGGCCCAAGCUAAGACAGAAGUGAAGUGGUUCAAGGAUGGGAAACUCAUCACAUCUAGCAAGAAACACAAGGUAGAAGCUGAAGGCAAAUCCCGGAAGCUGAUUGUACAUGCAACAGAGAAAAAAGACGUGGGAGAAUACACCUGUGAAGCCGGCAACCAGAAACUGACCUUCAAGGUCACUGUAGCUGAUGAAAAAGUUGCAGAAGUUGAGGAAAUAUUUGCCAACAAAGAGAAGGUACAGAAAGAGAUUAAAGCCAUGUCUUCGGAAAACGCUACUCUCAGCUGUGAAGUGGCCCAGGCCAAAGCAGAAGUGAAGUGGUUCAAGGAUGGGAAACUCAUCACCGCCAGCAAGAAAUUCAAGGUAGAGUCUGAAGGCAAAUCCCGACAGCUGAUUGUCCAACAGGUAGAGAAGAAGGAUGCUGGGGAAUACACCUGUGAAGCAGCGGGACAGAAACUGGCCUUCAAAAUCACCGUUACAGAAGCUGAGGAGGUGUUUGCCCACAAAGAGAUGGUCCAAAAAGAGGUCCAGGCUGUCUUUUCAAAGGAGGCUACACUCAGCUGCGAAGUGGCUCUGGCCAAGACUGAAGUCAAGUGGUUCAAAGAUGGGAAGCUCAUCACUUCUAGCAAGAAACACAAAGUAGAAGCUGAAGGCAAAUCCCGGAGGCUGACUGUACAAGCAACAGAGAAGAAGGAUGUGGGCGAGUACACCUGCGAAGCCGGCAACCAGAAAGUGACUUUCAAACUUAAUGUCACAGAGCCUGUAGAGAUCUUUGGCCCGGAUGGAUCUCCUUGUUAUCCUUGUACCAUUUGA